GGAGGAACUGCGUAUCAGUUGACCGUGACCUCAAUCGUCGCCGGGACUUGUUGCGCUUCCGAAACGACACAUUUUCGCGGAUUUCUUGAAUAAAUUGCAGGUAAGGUGAGUGAAAAUGCCAAAAAGAGAUACAGAAGCACCACACAGAGCCUCAUCGAGUGGCAGUUUAUCGCUGGGAGAGUGCUGCAACACUCUGAAAAAUGAUCCGGCUUUUAGAGGCAUUCUCCUCCAUGAAGCCAAUGAUCGGUACAUAGCGGGAAAGCAUCAGGAGUCAAUAGAGCGUCAAAUUGAGGCACUGUGUUUGGGCUUCCGGACAAAGUUCUUCCUCAACGACGACAAAAGUGAUAACAGCGAUAACGAUUUCUAUGUGAAAUUGCUGCGUAAUAUAGCAUCUCAUCACGCUGACACAGAAUCUGCCUCAGACUUUAAGCCUGUUCUUUUCUUCGGUUCUGAGCCAGCCAAAACGAAAGAUUCUGCAAAGACAAAGUGUCAGGAGCACGUGGAUCCCAAGGCACUGGUGAGGAAGUGCCGUGAUUUGCCUGAAGAGUGGAUUGUGCUGCAGUUGUGCAAGAAUUUCGACCCAAACGCAGCGCAUUCUCUCCAAAGUGAGAUAAUCUCCAGCAAUCAGGGCAUCUUUCUCACUCUGCUGAAGUACCCAAGAGCGGAUCUCAACAACCAUGAACCUCUGUGCGUUUAUCUUCCACCAUUUGCGCAGGAGAAUCUGUACAAGAUGGUGAACGACAUCACGCAGGAGCAUCGCAAUUUGCUGUCCAAUCCGGGUGUCGAUCGAGAGAUCUACUGGAGUAAUUUGCGGAAGCUGGACGAGAAGUAUCUGCGAAUGAUUGAUUUGGUCAUCAAUUGGAUUGGUCCAUGGAUAGUUCUGUUCCAGGGACGCUCGAAGAGCUCAGAUAACGCCUGGGAGAUGGAAAUAUUUGCCAAUGUGGAUCUAUUGGCGGCGCAAAAGAAGCUCUCCAAUCGCCAAAGAAUCCUCCUCAGCAUUAUCAGCUGCUCCUUGGAUCUCUUGUCGCCGGAUGAUGUGGAGAUUGCCGCAAAAGACAUUGCCAGAGAUGAGAAAGAGUGCAAGAUUAUCAAAAAGUUCCUCAACGACAAUAAUUUCCCAGCGCCAGCGAAUGAAUCUGCGCGAUUUCCAACCAUUAUCAUUGUUGAUGAACUGCUGGAUCAAUUUCCAUGGGAAUUGAUGCUGCCGUCGAAUGAAAUGUCGCGAGUCAGUUCCCUUCACAUCCUCUUGAGACUGUUUGAGAAGUACCAGAAGAAGAUUAAGAAUGGAUAUCUUCAUCUGGACAUCAAGAAGGGAAGCACAAUGAUAAAUCCCGAGAGUGAUUUGCCAAAGAUGGAGCAGAGAGUAACGAAGUUUCUCAAUUACUGGCUGCCAGAGUGGAAGCAAAUUGUUGGAGAGAUUCCAAAGUCUGAGGAGUUCAGGAAGAUCCUCGAGUCUGCAGAUAUUUUCCUCUUUUGUGGCCAUGGGAAUGCUUUGAAGUACAUAAAACCAGAAGAUUUGAUAAAAGACACUCUCAACUGUGUUGUUAUGUUGUUCGGAUGUGACUCAGUUAAGCUGAAAGCUGAUGGUUUUUGCAGCGAAAUGACCGCUGUUCAUCUCUACUAUCACUCUGUUCUAUGUCCGCUUGUCAUUGGGUCGAAGAACAUCAUCACUGAUUCUCCCACGGAUAAACUCACUGCCAGAGUUCUCAGCACGUGGUUCAAGUCGAAGGCUAAGAAGCACUUUGCGCUGUGCAGCGAAGCAUCCUUCAGGAAGGGUGAAAUUGAGUUUGUGAAGAAUGCAAAUCCAGCUUGGGAAAAUCUUCACAACCCGAGUAUUUUGGGGAUCUUUGCUGACAUUCGCAGCACGGAUUCGCUGCCAAUCUACAUGAGAGCUGCAAUUGAUCUGCGAGGACUUCCCAUCUGGCUGACAUCGAAAUAAAUUGGGUGAGGAUAUGAUUUGAUUACGUAUAUAUUUGUUGAACAGUUUUCAAUUGAUUGAAGCUACAAGAAACACUGGUUGAAGCAUUGUUUUGAGACAUAGAAUUUACAGCAAAUUUGGAGGAGAUGAAAUUUCUCUCAACAACAUUAUUAUUAUUGAUAGCACAGCAGUAUUUGAUGCUUCUCUAUUUAUAAUACACAAGUUCUCUUUGGAGUAACAUUUUUCAAUAUUUCUUGGUUUUAGUAAGAUUGUUUAAAUCGCAAUUCUUUAACAUUCACAUUAAUCUUAAGUAAAUUCAUCAAAAGCAGCAACGAAGCUUUAACGAUUGCAAAUUAUGGGAAACUUUACAGCUUUUUUCUCCUUCCUAAACUCUCAUAAACUCUCUGUAAAUACAAAUAAAGCGCGGAAAGCACUAGUUUUUA